AUGCCAUUUUUAAUUAAUAAAUUUGGAUCAAAUUGGAAACCUAAUAAUCUACUAUUACUAGUAUGUCAUAAGAAAUUUUAGUUGUUUUAAAAAAUUAAUAAUACUAGUUUUAUUUUAAUUUUUAUUCAAGGUGUAUAGAUCUAAAUCAACACUUCGAGAUAAAUUUCGUGAAACACUUAAAAGUGGACCUGAUCUUAUAGAUUUUAUAAAUGAAACACCUGAAACAUUAAAACCAUAUAAUGGUAAAUUACGUCGAGCAAAGGGCGAGGAGGAGAGAUUGCGUUUACCACCUUGGCUUAAAACAAAAAUACCAACUGGUGAAAAUUUUUCAAAAAUAAAAGAACAGCUUCGAGACUUAAAUUUGCAUACUGUUUGUGAAGAAGCUCGUUGCCCAAAUAUUGGAGAAUGUUGGGGUGGUGGUAAACAUGGAACAGCCACAGCAACAAUCAUGGUAACUUUUAAAAGUGUUUUUAUUAACAUGUAUUAUUUUAAAUAAAUUAUAGUUAUUGGGUGACACUUGUACUAGAGGAUGCCGAUUUUGUUCAAUAAAAACAUCUCGAACUCCACCACCACCAGACCCCAAUGAACCAGUUAAUACGGCAAAAGCUAUUGCAUCAUGGGGACUUGAUUAUAUUGUAUUAACAUCAGUAGAUCGAGAUGGUGAGUAAAAACUGAGAGAAAAGUUUUAUUUCCUUAUUUAUAAGCAUAUAUAUAACACUCCAGGCGACGCAUUCAUUCAUUUAUUUUAUUUUUAUAUGUACAUUUAUACAUUUGUUUUUAGAUUUAAAUGAUGGUGGAUCUGCUCAUUUUGCUGAAACUGUAGUGGAGAUAAAAAAUCGGUUAGUUUAAUAGAUUAUUCAAAAAUGUUUAAAUUUUAAUAGUUUGCUAUUUUCACUACCGAUAUUUAUAUUGCACUAUUCAACUUUAUUUUACUUUUUAGCAAUCCUAAUAUCAUGAUUGAGUGCUUGGUACCAGAUUUUCGUGGUUCCACUGAUCAUGUUAAAACUAUUGUAGAUUCAGGUUUAGACGUUUUUGCUCAUAAUGUUGAAACCGUUGAAAAGUUAACUCCAUUUGUUAGAGAUAGAAGAGCAAAUUAUAGGUAAAUUAAUUUUUUUUUUUUUUAAAUAAUUUAUGAAAAUAAUCAAAUAUAUAUAUCUUAUAAGAUUACAAACUUGAUAUUUUUUCUAUUUAAAUUACAGACAAACAAUGGCAGUGUUAAGUAAAGCCAAAGAAUUUAAUCCACAACUUAUAACAAAAUCGUCCAUAAUGUUGGGUCUUGGAGAAACUGAUGAACAAAUUGAGCUUACUUUAAAAGGUAAUCACUUUACAAAAAUAUUAUUGCACAGGUUAUGUAUUUUUUUAUAUUAAAUAUUUAUUUUUAGAUUUAAAAGAAUCAUUAGUUGAUUGUGUUACACUUGGUCAAUACAUGCAACCUACUAAACGACAUUUAAAAGUAGUAGAAUAUGUCACUCCUGAGAAGUUUAAAUACUGGCAAGAAGUUGGCGAUAAGAUGGGUUUUUUGUAUACAGCUAGUGGUCCGCUUGUAAGAAGUUCAUACAAAGCUGGUGAAUUUUUUAUUGGCAAUGUACUAAAAAAACGUAAACAAGCAAAAGAAUCUAUAAAUAAUUUAAAUGAAAUAUAA